AUGCAGAUGCCUGCUUUUCAUAAGAGGAUUUCAGACGAAAGAUCGAGAAGGAAAUUUUACGAAACAAAAUCAUCAUUUCACGACGCUUUUAAUAUCGUCUGUUGCCAAUUUUUAUUUUCUGCAUCUGAUGAAAUAAAUAAGAGAAAUUUUCCAUCAUUUGCAUUUUCCAUUAUGAGUCUGGAAGCUUUUCUAAUACACCCACAAUUGAACUCGUUCAAACAACAUCGCCUGGAGCACAAUCAAACAAUAUCUUUAGAAAUGAAAAAAUGA